AUGAGUGUUCUAAGGCCGUUCAGAGCUACUGAUAUGUUCAAAUUCAACAACGUGAAUUUGGAUGUCUGGACAGAAACCUACGGCAUUAGCUUCUAUCUAAGCUACCUUUCGCGGUGGCCCGACCUAUGCUGCGUUCAGCAAGCACCAAGUGGCCGCAUGAUGGGCUACAUUCUUGGCAAGGCUGAGGGUUCUGGCGCCGAAUGGCACGGUCAUGUAACUGCACUGACUGUAGCGCCAGAAUACCGACGCCUCUCUCUUGCCCGAAAAAUGAUGGACCUGUUAGAAUUCGUGUCAGACGAAAUCUACCGAGGCUUCUUCGUCGAUCUUUAUGUUCGAUGUGCGAACUAUGUUGCUAUAGACAUGUACGAGAAACUGGGAUAUAGCGUCUAUAGACGGGUAAGGGAAUACUACGGAAGUCUGGGCGUAGGAAAAGGAGGACGGGACGAGGAAGACGCAUUCGGACCAGACAUGCGGAAACCUCUCUCCAGAGACCCUGGGCGGCGGUCAGUCCGUCCAAACGGUAGAGAUAUUAUCGUUAGUGCCCACGAUGUCCCAUAA